AUGACUAGGCAAGAGCCUAUCCAGGCUGUCCAAACAUUUGGUCGCAAAAAGACUGCUACUGCAAUUGCUCAUUGCAAGAAGGGACGCGGUCUCAUCAAAGUGAAUGGGCGACCACUUGAGCAUCUGGAGCCUCAGAUUCUUCGCAUGAAGUUGCAGGAGCCUCUUCUGGUAGUCGGCAAGGAGCGUUUCCAAGAUGUUGAUAUUCGAAUCCGAGUUAGCGGUGGAGGUCAUGUAGCCCAGAUCUAUGCAGUAAGACAAGCUCUCGCUAAGGCUUUGGUCGCAUACUAUCACAAAUACGUUGAUGAGCAGAGCAAGAAAGAGCUUAAAGACCAACUUUUUGCUUACGAUAAGGCCCUUCUUGUUGCUGAUCCUCGCCGCAGUGAGGCAAAGAAGUUCGGAGGACCGGGAGCACGAGCCCGCUAUCAGAAAUCAUACCGUUGA